CACAAUUUCAAACAGCAUUUGCUGCUCUUCUAUGUUUUGCAUAAGUUUUUCAGCUCAACACACGCUCUCUGUGUGAAACAAAAUCCAAUUCGCGCGAAAAUCGAUUCUCUCGCUUAGUAUGGAAGAGGACAUACAUAAACCUGAUGGAGAUGAGCCAGACGACUUGCAGCUGAAAAAUGAUGAUACUGUCGAUGCACCAGGGGAUUUUUCAUUAUUAAAUGAAGCUGCUGAUAUACUGGAGAACUUGCAGCAGUUGAAAAUCGACGAUGGUGAUGUUUUGCGGGAUUCGCAGUUGAAAGAUAAUGUUGAUGCCCCUGAAGACUCGAAGUUGAUAAGUGAUGCCAAUUAUGAACCGAAGGAGCUGUUGAAAACUGAUGGUGUUGAUGUGCCGAAGAACGCCAUGAGAAACAAUGUUGUUGAUGCAUCAACGGGCUUGUUGUUUAAAAACGAUGUUGUUUGUGGAUCAGAAAGUCUACAGUUGAAAAAUGAUGUUUGUGCAGCUGACGAUUCACAGUUGACAAAGGAUGCUGUUUGUGAAUCAGAGAAUCUCCAGUUGAAAAAUGAUGUUUGUGCUGCUAAGGAUUCACAGUUGACAAAUAAUGCUGUUUGUACACGGGAGGAAAUGCGGUUGAAAGAUUAUGUUGAUGCCCCAACAGAAGAAUCUGGCCAUAAUUUAGCAUGUGAUGAAGAAGCAAAGUGGCCUGGAUGGCCUGGAGAAAGUGUUUUUAGAAUCUUAGUUCCUGCUCAGAAGGUUGCUGCUCUCAUUGGCCUGAAUGGAGUGUAUAUUAAAAGAAUGGAGGAGGAGACAAAGGCUCGGAUUAGAGUUCUGAGGGCCCCUCUUGGAUCCUUGGAAAAAACAGUUAUCAUUCAUGCAACAGAAGAGCCCGGCAGUGAUAUAUCUCCAGCCAUGAAUGGUUUGCUGAAGGUUCAUGGACGAAUUAUACGUUUAGUUGAUGAUGCUACUCAUGCUCCACCAGGUGCCAGGGGAACAGCUAUGACCAGGAUUCUGGUGCCAGAUGCUCAAUGUUCAGACUUGAUAGGGAAGCAAGGCUCCACUAUAAUACCUAUUGAAGAUGCUUCUGGUUGUAUGAUUAAGGUUCUUAGAGCAGAACACCUGCAGGUCGCAGCUUUGCGAGAUGAUAGGGUGAUUAGGAUAAUAGGUGAGCCAGCAGGCGUGCACAAAGCAGUUGAACUAAUUGCUAAUCAUCUUCGGAAGUUCUUAGUUGACCGCAGUGUGAUCGAACUGUUUCAAACACAAAUGCAGGUGCCAGAGAUUCAACCGAACAAGUGCAUGUCGCUAAAUCAAUCAGGAGACCAUCCUUAUGGCGUUCCAGAGAGCUCUGGUGUAGGAGCUGACUAUGGGUCCAAUCCUCAAUCUUUUAUAGCAGACCUUCCAUAUAGUGAUUAUAAUCUACAUCAUACACUUCCUUCUGAUAACCAACUCCGUUCUACCCGUCGUAGACUUCCUUUUGAGAACCCAUUCCAUCCUACACUUUCUUUUAAAGAACAACCCCAUUCUCCACUUCCUUUUUAUAACCAACCCCAUCAACGCCCUCCCAUGUUUGCAAGUGAUACUUCUAUAGGCCAUCAUUCAUCAGCGCUUGAAACGGUCACACACCGCAUGCAAAUUCCUGGGUUACAUGCUGAGUCUCUGAUCGGAAUAUCUGGUGGCAAUCUCAGUUUCAUACGCCAUGCCAGUGGAGCAUCUAUUGUAAUAGUGAAUAGAACGGGCAUACCUGAUGAGAUGAUUAUUGAAAUUAGUGGAUCUUCUUCCGAAGUACAAGAUGCUCAUAGGCUGAUACAGAAUUUCAUUCCUUAUGCUUGAGGUAACAAGCAGGACCAAAACCAUGAAUACAUGGUGCAAUGUAUGGCCCCAAUUCCAAGUAUGGUAAUUGAGAAGUCAAGCUUCCAUUUUAGAUUCGAUUUUGGAGACGACACAAUUUGAAUGUGCUCUCCCGUCGUUGGAUCUAUUAAAUUUUUAGUUGUGUAAAAGAUUUGUUGAUUCAACGGCUGGAGAGUGCGUUCCCAUGAUUUUCUUAUGCGCGCGUACUCUGACCAAUACUCGGGUAAAUAUGUGAUAUAGUUUCUGGUAUAACUCUCCAAAUCAAUACUCUUGGGUACAUAUAUGGUAUAGUUUCUGGAUAUAGAACUUGAUUUCAUAUACCUUAGGUAGUAACUGUUUACUUUGCGCACAUUGGAUGCAACAUUUGUUUCGAGCAUUCUGUAGUUCGAUGUAGCCAGUAAACUGAUAGCCCGUGUAAAUGCGCUUAACGCUAAAUGAGCAUCCGUCACGAUGAUAUACUAAUGACACACUGCUUGUUGUUAAGGAAAUUAAAUUCCAUUGUCAA